AUGCUGCACUUUGCGUCGCGGAUGGGCUUAUCGGACGCGCAAGCGGAGGACGCGGUGCAGGAUGCGCUGGUGCAGUUUCUCGAGGGGUAUCGCGAGGGGAAGUACGAUCGGUCGAAGGGACGAUUGGGGAGUUGGUUGUUUGCGCUGAUGUACCAGUCGAUCCGCUCGCAUCGGCGCGAUGGGUUCCGCUCUCCGAAGCAGGCGCCCACGCCUUUGCAACCCACGACUUCGCAUCGGACAACAUUCUUCUCGGCGCUUCCUGAUGAGGAUACGGCUCGCGCGGAAUGGGAGAUGGACUGGGAUCGGCACUCGAUCAAUCGGUGCAUGGCGCAGCUGCGCGGCGAGGUGAACCCCACCCACUAUCGCGCAUUUGAGCUGAUGACGAUUCGGCAGGUGCCUGCGAUGGAGGUCGCGGAGCAGCUGGGGUUGUCGCGCGAUGCGGUGUAUCAGGCGCGGUAUCGUGUGCUCAAGCGGCUCGAAGAGUUGCGGAGUGAGUUUGAUGGGGAAGCGGCUGGAGUGAAUGAUGGGCGUUCGCUUGAUGAGAUCCGGACGCAUCUGGAUUCGUGCGUGGCGUGUCAGGGGACGCAUGCGGAGCUUGGGUCGCUUGAUGCGCUGGUGAGUCGAGUGCGUGAGGUUUCGGGAACCGAAGAUGUGCAGGCAGCGGGAACACUGAGCAUUGAGGGGUACACGAUCUCGCACGAGAUCCAUCGGGGUGGUCAGGGGAUUGUGUAUCACGCAACGCAGAACUCGACGGGGCGGAAGGUCGCGAUCAAGGUGCUGCUCAAGGGGGCGCUGGCGAGUGAGGGGCAGCGGCGGCGCUUUGAGCGGGAGAUCGAUCUGGCGUCGCGGAUCAAUCAUCCCAAUGUGGUCUCGAUCAUUGAUCGCGGAGAGACGGCAGACGGGCGUGGGUUUCUGGCGAUGGAGCUGAUAGAGGGGCCGACGCUGGAUGGGUAUCUCGCGGAGCGGGAGUUGUCGGUUGAGGAUCGCUUGAGGUUGUUUGUGCAGGUAUGUGAUGGUGUGGUGGCGGCGCAUCAGCGUGGGGUUUUGCAUCGGGAUCUGAAGCCUGCGAAUAUUCUGAUUGAUCAGGCGGGGCGACCAAGGCUGCUGGACUUUGGGCUCGCGAAGGAUCAUCUGAACGAAUCGGCGACGAUGGUUCGGACGAUGGAGGGCGAGUUCAUGGGGACGCUCGCGUACGCUUCUCCGGAGCAGCUGCGCGGGGAUCCGUCGCUGAUCGAUGCGCGGACGGAUAUCUAUACGCUUGGGGUGCUGUUGUAUGAGAUGCUGUGCGGGAAGCUGCCUCAUGAGAUGAGCGGGUCGAUCGAGGCGGUGAUCCAGCGCGUGCUUGAGCAGACUCCCAAGGCGCCCAGCGCGAUCAACGGGAAGCUGGACGGCGAUCUGGAUGUUGUGGUGCUCCAUGCACUGGAGCAUGAACCGGAGCGGCGGUAUCAGACGGUUGAGGGGUUUGCGAACGAUGUGCGCGCGGUGCUGGAGCAUCGACCGAUUGAGGCGCGUCGCGCGAGCACGGUGUAUCAGAUCCGAAAGUUUGCGCGUCGGCAUCGCGCGGGGGUUGCGGUUGUGGGUGUGCUGCUGCUGGGGAUGAUCGGGACGAUGACCGGGCUUGCUGUUGGGAUCGUGCGGACCAACGCGGCGAAUCGGUUGGCGGAGCAGCGACGGAUCGCGGCGGAGACGGAGCUGGAUAAACAAUCGCGUAUCAGCGUGUUCUUCCGGGAUCUGCUGUCUGAGGUUGAUCCGGGGCAGAGCGGUCCUGACAUGCGCGUGAUGGAGCUGCUCGAUGUCGCGGCGGGUGAGGUCGAUGAGCGGUUCGCGGAGUAUCCGGAGCUGGGAGCUUCGAUCCAGAGCACGAUUGGCGAGACGUACACGCGGCUGGGGAGUUACGAGGCGGCGGAGCGGCAGCUCAAUGAUGCGAUCAUCGCGAUGGAGUCGCUUGAUGAACCCCCUGUGAUGGCGAUGGCAUCGACGCUGGUGGUGCUGGCGCAGGUGCAGACGGCGACGACGCGGCUUGAUGACGCGGACGCGACGCUCGAUCGGGCGCUGGAACUCAUUGAGGAGACGGAUGCUCCUGAUGAGCUGCUGGGGCAGCUCGAACAUCAGCGCGGGUCGCUGCUGUAUGAACGCGGAGAGUUCGCGGCUUCGAUCGAGGUGUAUCAGCGUGCGAUGGAUCGGCUUGGUGAUCUGAAUGAAGACUCGUCCAAGCGGAUCGGAUCGCAGGUGCUCAUCGGGAUGGGGGUCUCGCUCAAACGGCUCGAGCGGUUCGAGGAAUCGCUUGAAGCGUAUGAACGCGCGCUGGUGCUGCUCGCGGAUGUUCGCGAUGAGGAUCAUCCCGACACGCUCGCGUGUCUGAGCAAUCGUGCGGAGGUGCUCAACAACCUCGGCCGCGCUGAAGAGGCGGAGUCGCAGCUGCGGGAACUUGUGGUGCGGCGCAAGCGGGUCUUUGGUCCGACGCAUGAGCGGGUGGGGAUCACGCUCAAUAAUCUUGCGGAUCUGCUCAGUGAUCGCGAGGCGUAUGACGAGGCGGGCGAGCUGUUCGAUGAAGCGAUCGGGAUCUUCCGGAUCAAUCCGGGCGAUCCGAGCUUGCGGCUGGCGAUCACGAUCCAUAAUGCUGGGGUGAUGCAUCUCGAGCGGUCGCAUCUGGAGCGGGCGCAUGAGAUGCUCGGAGAAGCGGCGACGAUGACCGGCACGAUUCUCCCAGAGGGGCACUGGAUUCAUGCGCAGUUUCGCGUCAAGCUCGCGGAGUGCAUGAUGCUCAGCGGGGAGAUCGAGGAUGCACGCUCGAUGCUUGUUGACGCUCGUCCGAACCUGGUCGCGGCGAUGGGUGCGGAGCAUCGGCGGGUGGCGCAUGUGGACUCGCUGCUUGAUCGCUUGACUGAUUAG